CACUACUGUAUAUGUGUAGAAGGGACUAAUCCUGUAAAGCUGUUAUAAUAGAUAUUUUUCAUUCCGUUGUGUAUGGCAUAAAUUGGCAAUUCGAGAAAUUUUUAUGCUGUGUUUUUUUUUUUCUUCUUUCAAACCUUUCACUUUCAAAAUGGCGACUUCAGCAGAUCUAUCCAAAAUAUGGGACGAUCUUGUUGAAUGGGAGAAAGAAAUUAGUAAAAAAGACGAGAGUUUAUCAAAAAGAAAGCUCAUGCACGACCAGGUUUUACCGCCUGUUCAAAAAUCAGCCGACAUCCUACUAGACGAGGCUGAAGCAACUGGUUUACAAAAGUUAUACAGUAAGCAAAAGACAGGAGCUACAACACACACUGUCUCACCAAACAAAACGACAACUUUAUCGCGAGCAGAGAAAGCCGAAGCAGAGAAAGCAAAAGGCAACGUAUAUUUCGCCAAGAAGGAUUAUAAAAAUGCUAUAUUACACUAUGGAAAGGCUAUUGAAAUGGAUCCGACAAAGCCUGUAUACUUUGUCAAUCGUGCAAUGGCUUUUCUGAAAACAAAUUGCUUUUUAGAAGCAGAAAGAGAUUGCACAAGAGGUAUUCAACUACAACCUAACAACGUCAAAGCCUUUUGGAGAAGGGGUAUUGCAUUGAAAGAACUAGGUCGAAUGAAUGAAGCUCGAAAAGAUUUUGAGUCUGCUUUGAAGAUUGAACCGAACAAUAAAGCUGUGCUGGAGGAGUUGGAGAAAUUACCAGUACUGAAGCAACCGGAUGCUACUAAGAAGACUAGCUCAAAUUCAGAAACGGCGGUUAAUCGACAGAAACAUACGCCUUCUAAGGAAACUAAGAAAAGAUUACCCAUUCAUGUAUUGGAUGAAGAAUAUAUAGAUGCGAACAAAAUACAAACAGUUGAAUUGACAGAAAAGCCAACUUUUAACAAACCGAAGAAGACGGACUUCGACAAAGUUAUUGAGAAGCCAACUAUGGACGCAGAAAAGCAGCAAUCAUCACAGCAAAUUGAAGUCUCAAACAGCUCUCUUAACAACAAAGAAAAAGUGGAAGUGACCGAUAAUGUAAAAGCACAUACAUCUACAGCGAAAAAACAAAAAACUGCUAUAGCAGCACUUCCAACAUUCAAAUGUCCUAUUACAAAUUUCGAAUUUGAAAGGGACUGGAAAACGUAUAAAGCUAGGGGCGACGAUAUUUUAUACCAGUACUUCCUCAUUAUCCCACCCUCUUCUUAUGCUAAUAUUUUCAAAUCCUCGUUGGAAUCAGAACAAUUUGAAAAGAUUCUUGAGCUACUGGAAACAAAAUAUAUUAAAGAGAAAACGCCAGAAGACAUUAUGGAUGUUCUGAAGGGCUUUUCAAAAGUAAAACGAAUUGAUAUGCUGGUUAUGUUUUUAGGGAAAAAGCAUCAACAAGUUUUACGGUCGUUAUUCGGUUUACUAAGAAAUAGCCAGUCUUUAGAUAGUAAUGUGAUUACAAAGCUUGCCAAAGUAUACGGUGUUAGUUAAAGUUGCAUACAUGAACAGCACGCUUCUAGUGACAAAUUUGUGUUCAAAUUUGUAUGAAUUAAACUACAAGUUCGUUUACACAGUAAUAUACCUUUUUCUUCAUGAUAUUUUUUUUUUUUUUUUUGGGGAAUGAUGAAGUAUGUAUACUUUGCUAGCCCUUUGAUAAUAUUGUUAAUUUGAUGCGUGUACAUUUUUAAAAAUUCUAGUGGCGAUGAUGAGGGCCAUGAUGUUAUACACAUUGUUCGUGCAUUCAUACAUGCUUCUUUGACGGAAACACGCUUGAGUAUUAUAUUAUUUUUUCUUUUUGGGUAUUGUAGCUGACAAAAGAGAGUAAGGCCCACCAACGAUAGCUGCUGAGCAUACAACAUAAAGGAUAAUAGCCAUCCACUCGACAUAUUUAUAGCAUAUAUUUUCUGAGCUGUAUACAUCAGGUGGUCUAUUUGCUCUAUUGUUCUAUUGUAUACAAAAGAGGCGUAUUCA